UCUAAUCGACGACUCAGACUCGAAGAAACGGAACUGGACUUGGCUGUUUAUCUUUCUGCCAUGCCUUGCGCUUUUAAUUAUUUUCAUAGUUGUAUGUCUUUGCCUUUACUACUGGUUAAAGAAAAGAGAAACGCAGAGAGCCAGAAGGAAAACAGCGCUUGUGAAUGCCGAUCACCCACUUGGCGAGGUAUCGAUGAAGCUUGAUGCACCAGCGUCCCUAGGCUUACAACAUGGCUACAUCGACCGUAAGAGAGAUCUCUUCCAUAAACAUGCACAAAGCAGAAAAUCUGAAGACGAGGAGGAUUUGUUUUGUGAACAAUCACUAGAUCUGAACUUGGAAACAAAGACUUGGACACAGUUAGAACGUGGGAAACGCCCUCCUGUCAUUAAUAAAGCCUUCUCAGGAGCGGUCACAACCAGUUCAAAUGGCUCUAUCCCAAACGGAUAUGACAGAAAAUCAAAACAAUCGAAAAGCAUUGCUGGCAGGUGGAAAUCAAAGACCAAGAAUUUCUUGACUACAAGAAUGGCUGCCAAUAGCUUCAGAGGAGGAAUUAAAAGCAAUCAUUCAAAAUCGUACGAGAGAAGUACACGAGCAUCAAGCGGGCGUGGUCCGAAUCUGAAAAUAAGCAAUGGAAUUCACCCUGAACCUAUUAAGAAGACGAAAAGUGUAGCUGGAUCUAGACCAGGGUCAAGAGCUGAGUCUAGAGCUGUCUCUAGAACUGGAUCUCGGAGGGGAUCAAUAGAUAACCUCGUCAUAUCGAGAAAUAAUAGAAUGCCAAGAAGUAAAACCAUGGUGCUAGCUCGACAAAAAGAAGAGAAGAAACCAGAUAUCUUCACUAUGCCUGAAGAGUAUGUAAUAGAAGGAGGUCCUAAUGAAGUUAUGCCUACACGUCCAAUACCUGUUACCAGCAAUAUCUUACGUGACACAUAUCAGUCAUUGAACAGGAGAAGUUUAAGCAAACUAACACUUAAAAAACCAGGAGCUAGCAAGAAACCCUGGCAUUAGUAACUGAAAACAUGAAAUGUGUUUAAAAACGAUAAAAGUUUGAUGAAAAAAAGCUAGAGAUUGACCUGUUUUGUUUAGGAAUUGAAAUUUUUCUAGUCUUUUUUUUAAAUGCAUACGAAAAGGAGCUUGCAGUUCCUUUAAAAGGACACUGGAGUUUUCCAACAAAACUUUGACACAGUUGAGUUGCAUAUUUGCUGAUAGCAUUGCAAGAAUCGAAAGCUUUAGGUGACAUAAAUGACAAUUUGUAGUCAAUAUGGAUUUAGUUUAUACAUAUUUGUCCUCGACAAAAUGCUAUUUAUGUUUGCAUUCAAUAUAUAACUGAAGGAUAGGAUUAAAACAAAGACAGUUUUAAAGAGUUUCUCCUUAACAUGUAUUAGCCUCAUUGAAAUGUUUCCACCAAUAGAAAUGCAUUUGUCUUAUCUCGCC